AUGGCCAACGACAUUACCGAGAAGACGGCGUCGCAGCCGCAAGACAGCAUCCACGUCGAGAAGGGCCCUUCUCAUAUUCACCAGCUCAACGAUGUCCCCCUCGACGACAAAGGCCUCAAUUCUGAGGCCCACGAGGGUACCAACAUCGAGCACAGCUUCAGCCUCUGGCAGGGUCUGAAGACCUACAAGCGGGCCGCUUUCUGGUCUAUCCUCAUCUCGACCACCGUCAUUAUGGAAGGUUACGACGUGACCCUCAUCAGUUCCUUCUACGGCUACCCUGCGUUUCGUGAGAAGUAUGGCGAAUGGCUCGACGACGAGAAUGGCUACCAAAUCUCAUCCUCGUGGCAACAAAAGUUUAACGCCAUUGGCGCCGUGGCCAACAUCGUCGGUGCCAUCUUGAACGGAUACUUCACCCCCAAGUACGGUCACCGCAUGGUCCUCAUCACUUCUCUCAUUUGGUUGGCCGCUUUCGUUUUCGUCGUCUUCUUCGCCCACAACAUCGAGAUGCAGCUGGCUGGUCAGGUUCUCUGCAACAUUCCCUGGGGUGUUUUCGCCACGACCGGCCCCGCCUACGCAGCCGAAGUCACUCCCUUGGCUAUCCGUGGCUACUUGACCUCCUACGUCAACCUUUGCUGGUGCAUUGGCCAGUUCAUCUCUGCUGGUGUUCUCAAGGGCCUUGUCGACGUCGAUGGCCAAUGGAGUUACAAGAUCCCCUUUGCUAUCCAAUGGGUCUGGCCCAUCCCCCUGAUCAUUGCGGCUUGGAUGGCCCCUGAGUCCCCCUGGUACCAUGUUCGUAACGGCAAUCUCGAUGCCGCAAAGAAGUCAUUGGCACGCCUCUCGGAGCCCGAGCACAACGUGGACCUGGAUGCGACUGUUGCCAUGAUGGUGCACACUAAUAAGCUCGAGAUUGAGGAGCAAGCUGGUGCUACGUUGCUAGACUGCUUCAAGGGCACGAACCUUCGCCGUACCGAGAUCGCCUGCAUGGCCUUCAUGUCUCAGAUCACCAAUGGUGGUGCCCUCUGCUACUCAGGCUCCUUCUUCUUCCAGCAGACCGGUAUUGAUGCUUCCACUUCGUACGCAAUCAGCUUGGGAGGCACCGCCAUUGCGUUCGUCGGCACAUGCAUUUCCUGGCUCUACAUCUACAAGUUUGGUCGCCGUACCAUUUGGAUGAGCGGGUUCACUUUGCUUGUGGCUUGCUUGUGGAUCAUUGGAUUUCUCUCAGUUGCCCCUAACCAGACCACGGGCAUCAUCUGGGGCCAGUCGAUUCUGUGCGUUGUCUGGCUUGGCUUUUACUCCAUGUCCGUCGGCCCGAUCGUAUACACCCUUGUUUCCGAAAUUGGUUCAACCCGUCUUCGAACCCAGACUGUCGUCCUGGCUCGCAGCACCUACUAUGUCGGUAACAUCAUCUGUGGUGGUCUCAUCCAGCCCAAGAUGUUGGCACCUGGAGACUGGAACUUGAAGGGAAAGACUGCAUUCUUUUGGGCCGUUCUCGCCACCCUGACCUGGAUUUGGGGCUACUUCCGCAUGUUUGAGACCAAGGGCCGCACCUUUGGUGAGAUGGAUGUCAUGUUCCAGAAGGGCAUUUCGGCUCGCAAGUCGGGCAAAUACGAGCUUACCGCCGAGGAUAUGUUCCUGGCCGAGCGAGUCCAGCCCCUUAGCCGGAACGUGACGGAGAACAAUUGA